UGGUUUGGUUUUGUUCGUUCGUUCGUAUUUUAAUAAUUAGGUAUUCAAAUCUUGAAUCUCAACUCAACAUUACAUUCUCAAUACUCCUCCAAGAUCUGAUGUUGUGUUGUGGCUAGCUAAUUAAUUAAUACUAUUAUCUAAAGUGUCGUAUGUUUACCCCUAUCAACUUUAACCUUAACCGCGACAAUUUUGUCGUACGAGACACGACGUCAGUCUCGGACCAUAUUAUUUACUUAACUACAAUCGAUCGUCAAAUUACGCAAAAGCAAAAGGAAAUCAGCUUCGCGAACCCGCUUUUCAGUUCUAUUCUAAUUCGCUGAGGCAAGAGUCGUACGCCAGACCAUUGAGCAUAAAAUGUGCGGUUUGAAAUUAUUUUUAGGAUUUAUAUUUACAUAUUGUUUACUGGCGAAUAACACUUUUGGAUUAUCUCCUGUUAUUUUGAUUCCAGGAGAUGGUGGGAGUAGAUUGGAAGCGAGACUGAAUAGAACAACAGUGGUACAUUACAUCUGCGGGAAAAUUUCGGAUUAUUUCAACAUCUGGUUGAACUUGGAACUGCUGGUGCCUAUUGUGAUUGACUGCUGGGUUGAUAACACCAGGCUAGAGUAUGAUAAUGUCACAAGACUCACGAAGAACCCUCCGGGAGUGGAGAUCAGGGUGCCAGGCUGGGGGGACCCGGAGCCGGUGGAAUGGAUAGACCCCUCACAUGAAUCCCCUGGUUCAUACUUCAAUAGCAUAGGAGAUGCUCUAGUCAAAAUUGGAUAUGUGAGGAAUGUGUCCAUCAGAGGAGCUCCCUAUGACUUCAGAAAAGCACCAAAUGAGAACGGGGAGUUCUUCGUGAAGCUCAAAACCCUUGUUGAGGAGACGUACAACAUGAACAACAAGUCAGCGGUGACAUUCAUAGUCCACAGCAUGGGCGGGUCCAUGGCGCUGCACUUCCUCCGGCUGCAGCCUCAGAAGUGGAAGGACCAGUACGUCAGGCGGAUGGUGUCGCUGUCCACACCCUGGGGCGGAUCCAUGAAGGCCGUCAAAGUGUUUGCUAUUGGCGACAACCUGGGCUCGCUGAUGCUGCGCGAGAGCGUGAUGCGCGCGCAGGAGAUCACGUGCCCGUCGCUCGCGUGGCUGAUGCCGUCGCCGUUGCUGUGGAAACCCGACGAGGUGCUGGUGCAAACGGACAAGUUCAACUACACCAUCGGCGACGUGCACAAGUGGUUCGCCGACAUGGACCUGCCCGAUGCGUGGGAGAUGUUCAAGGACACUCAGAAGUACAAGAGCGACUUCACGGCGCCCGGCGUAGAGGUGCACUGCUUGUACGGAUACAACAUAUCUACUGUUGAGAAACUAGUUUACAAGCCGGGUACCUGGCUAGACGGUUACCCCACUCUAUCCAUGGGAGACGGGGAUGGCACAGUCAACCGUCGGUCUCUCAGCGCCUGCGAGUACUGGGCCAAGAGGCGCGGCUUCACCACCCUGAACAGGGGGAAACCGGUGAAGUCCUUAGCGCUGGCCAACGCGGAACAUCUGAAGAUAUUGCACGAUCAGAGGGUCAUAGAUUACGUUAGAACCGUCAUGAGUAUUUGAGGUGAGGGUAGGUAUAGAAAAUGUUAAUUUUCAGACCAGUUUUACAAUUCUUUCUUGCAGGUGGUUCAGAAUAGAAAAAAAUAAGAAAAAGUCAUGGGAUGUUAUCUUUGGUCGCUUGCUAUCGUUAUUUCGCUACUUUUAAAUGGAAGACCGGGUAAUUUUAAAGAUAUAAAAUUAUGCGUGUAAUAGAUUAUGUAUAAAUAGAGAAAUGAGGGUAGUUCAAAUACCUCAAUUAUUGAAAUAACAUUGUCAUGUAAUUACUUCGUCAUUCAAACUAAAUUAUAUGCCUUACCAUUCCGCUGCCGAAAGCAUUUCAAUAGCGUAUUAAGAUUUAAGACAAUUUAUAGGUGAAGGGAGUUCUAUCAAUAAGCCAAUAUUGUCAAGGUAUGAUCUUGAUUUCGUCUCAUUUCAUGUUAUUUAGUAAUUUAUUCAUCACAUCAUAAGCAGAGUGUGCUAUACAUGACGUAAAUAUGUUAAGACUGUUACUAGUAUUUCAAUACUGAGGGUAGUGCAAUAUUUCUUUAUAUAACUAUCUAAUAGUAUUAAAGUGUAUCAUUUAUAGAGAACAUAAUAGCUGGUCGUACACGUACGGGUAUGUCCGUCAGAUCUGUCCGGCGGGCAGAUCCGCGGUUCGCCACACACGAGACGGGCAUUAGUUCAAAUCCUGAUUCCAGCAUAUAGAGUCUUCUCAUAUUAGCAAAAAAUUGCGAUAAUAUGUCUUGGUUUCAUUUAAAUAUUUUAUGCGGGCUAGCUAAUAAUAUUGCAUAUUUUCAUGAUAUAAGUACAACUUUGUGCAACUUUUGGUAGCUACUUAGAAGAGAUGUGCUAACAGUUAUUCGUAUUUGAGACCCCAAAAUGAAGCUAUGCAUUUAACUUAGUGUCGUAUACUUAUUAAAAGUGAUCGUUAAAUUCAUGAAUUGCUCUCUAGUAAAUGCUUGUCGGAUACUUAUUUUACUUUCUCUAAUAUAAGUCUUAACACAUCCUAACGAUAUAUGGUAAAGAUAAAUAAUAACAGCUAAUUUGAGCAGAACAAAACGUGUCUGUCAAAUAACCUUACGAGUAAAUAAUGUUAAAUAAAAAAAUAUAUUUUCCUUAUUAAUAAAAUACUGAGUAUGAAACGUAAAGCUUCCACGGCUGUGAUAUAAGCUCUCUGUAUAUUUUAUUGUAUAUUUUCUGAUUUUGUUAAAGGCAGUACAUAAUAUUUUUUUUUUACCUUAAAUGAUUUUCUGGUUGGUGGAUACCUAACUCACUUGAAGCCAGGGUAGGUUACUAGUCUGUAAUUUUAAGCAAUAACUCAAUUCUUAUAUGAUGGAAUAAUUUGCAUUGUAUAAAGUCGUGUAAAGACACAUAAAUAAAAUGUUGCUUUGGCAUCAAUAUCCACAAGUAAAAAUAAAUUGUUAUAUGUCUUAUAGAAAAGAUUUGUCAACAUUUAAAUACUACUUAAACUGAAGCAUUUUUCAUUAUAUAUACAUGUGCCUGCGAUAAUCGCUCGUAAAUUGCCAACUUUUAAUGUUAAGAAACAAAAUAAAAUAAAUGAAAU